AUGGUGACUGCUUGCUCGGCAACGGGCGGGUCAAAUGAUGGAUUCAAGUUUCAAUACUCGUUGAACGACGGUGAGACUGCUGUAGGCUGUUGUCCAAGCGGCUAUUCCUGUGGACAUGAUGGUCAGGAUCAAUAUCAAACAUGCCAGUCCGUUUACGUUACUGGCUCUUUCCCAGUUGUGCAAUGCAAGUCCGGCUCGAGCAAUGGCUAUACGUAUCAAACAGUCCCGGCGACUGUCACGGCCACCACAUCCGAAUCCGUGACGGUGACGCACACAAUCUCUGCGUACACUGUUAGAGCUCCCAUGAUCCAGAUCAACCACAUGGCAACUGACUUGCCGACAUCGACGCAACCCCCUCCCACCCCAUCCGACUCGUCUUCGGGAAUACAGGUCAGCGCCUCCAUAUCGGCGCAUUUGUCGCCUGGUGCGAAGGCCGGAAUCAUCGUCGCUGCAUGCUUAGGCGCAAUUGUAUUAUUGGGGUUGAUUGCAUGGCUAUGGUUCAGGUGUGGGUCACGGAGAAACAACGCUGCUUCGGCCAAGUCAGAGAUCGGUGAUUCUCAGAUCCCACCUAUUCCAGUCACGAACAAUGGCAUGUCGCAAGUGCCACCGGCUAAUAGACCGAAAUCCGAGUUGCCAGAACACCACACUGUUUCCGAGUUGGAUGGUUCACAGAUUUCAGGGCAUGGGAAUCUCGUAGGUCCCGGUUGA